GCCUCUUCACACCUACACAAAGUUACAUAUAGAGACUUAUCGAAUAAAAAUGUGUGCUUCUCUUAUUGGCACACACGACAGCCAGUCAAAACAUUAUUAGCACCGACAACGCUGCUUGGCGAUGUCAAAUUUCGACCAACGGGAACGGAAAGGAAAAAAAGAAGUUUUGUUUUGAUCGUGCGCUAGGAACUUGUUUUUAAUGAAUCAGUGUUUCGUUUGUUAGAAAUAGUUCCAGUGCAAGUGAAAAAAAACUUGGCCGUUCGUGCCUCUCCGGAGGAAUAUAGUCAUACGGCGUUUUUGUCGUGUUCGCGUAGUGUUUGUUUGGUGAUGCUGAAUCAGCAGGAAUCACGUAGGAAAACCAGCGAACAAAUUGGACACUAAAUCCAGUCGUCCUCUGGAAGCUACCGACGAUGUUCGAGGAUGAAUCCGGGUUCGGAGCACGGCAUCGGCGCUGGUACCGACUGCAUGGGCAUCUCCUUCGCUAUUGGACCUAUCCUGAUGAUGAAAAAUACAAGCCUCCGAUCGGAAGUAUUGAUUUGCAGAAGUGCUCAGAAAGUAACUAUUGCACCCAGAUUGGUAUGCUUACGAUUGGACAAAUUAUUAUUAGAAUUCCGACGUCCACCACCGCUGGAUGAUGUUGAAUCGCUGGUGCUAGCAAAGCAAGGCAUUACUGCUAUUCAGCGGUAUUUGCUGUCAGCUGAUUGUGAGUAGUAUUAAGAUGAGUAUCUUUGUUAGUUAUUUGUUAAAAUUAUGAGUUCGAUGAGCAGGUGAAGAUUAGUGUUUUUUUUUUUAAAUUUAUUUGUGAUGAAAGAAAAGUAAGUGAAUUGAAAUAAAACUUGAACCUCA